AUGUCCGAACAAACGUACAGAAGCUCAAGUGGUUUUCAGGUCCACAAUCAGACUCCAAUCAGACACAAAUUGAAGCUCAAAUUCAACCAAAAAAACUGCCGGAAGUCGAACAAACCUCAGAGCUCGUGUUUCAGUCCAAUCAGAAACCUCCAAUCAGACACAAUUGAAGCUCAAUUAGUUCACACUAAAAACUCUACACUCUACAGAACCAGAAGUGGUCUUCCUCAUUCUCAACAACAGAAGCAAGGAUAUAGAAGACUCAUUGCAGAUUAUCCAAACAAUUUGUCCUUAACAGACAACAAUGACUAUGAUAGAUAUUAUCCAAAAGUAUAA